UUGAAUGCGGUUGUGUCACAUAAACCCGGGGGUGAUGCCUUUUCUGUCGAGCGUGUGUAGGAAGUGUGUAUUGAAAGUGAUACACUUCGACCCCCUUCUGGGUUUGAAUUCUUAGAUGAUCCAGUUCUGCACGCGGGACUAGGUCAAAAAAAAAAAAGCGGUGAGAUUUUGAAACGCCCACACUGAAGCUGGUUGCUCACGCCUGCCUUCUGCGGCUCUUUCAUCUGGGUCUGUCCGGGACUGCCGCGGCGUGGGGAGGCUAUGGACGUCGAUAUACCUGCCGUGACGACACCUGUACGGUUUGCGCAGUCAUACAGGAGGUACCUGGAGGAGGUGGGCGCGCUGGAUCGGAGGUUCUGCCUGCAGGAGCGCACAGAGGGCCUGGUGGCCUUGCCCAUACUGCCGGCCUGCCUGGCACAGCUGGACCUGCAGGCCCUGCAGCGCACUGUGGCCCCGGGCAGCACCUGCUGCAUCGCUUACAUCCGGGAUCCUGUCCCAUCGAAGAGGCAGCGAGUGAAGUCGGCUCAUGACCAGCUUGCGGAGGCUGUCCAGGGCCUGCUGGAGCAGCGGGGGGAGCAGUGGAGCGAGGAGCUGAGGCAGGACCUCCCCCACAGCUGGCAGCGCCAUGGCGACCUGGUCCUGCUGGCUGAGCCUGCAGGGCGUGACUCAGCUUGGUUUGGGGGUGUUCUUCCCACAGAGCCGGAGUUGUGGGGGACCGUGGCAUUGGCGCUGGGUGGAAAGCGGCUGGCCAGAAUGGGGCGAGUGUCCGCAGACAGUUUCCGGUCCCCUGCGGUGACCCUGUUGCUGGGAGAGGACAGCUGGGUCACACAUGUGGACAAUGGGAUCAGGUAUGAAUUUGAUGUCACCAAGUGCAUGUUCUCACCUGGAAACAUCACGGAGAAGCUGAGGAUCGCCUCGCUGGACUGCAGCGGGGAGACCGUAGUGGACCUGUACGCAGGCAUCGGCUACUUUACCAUUCCCUACCUGCUGUGCGCCGGGGCGGCCCGUGUCCACGCCUGCGAGUGGAACCCCCACGCGGUCGCCGCGCUGCGCAGAAACCUGCAGCUGAACGGAGUGUCCCAGCGCUGCACCGUCCACCAGGGGGACAGCAGACAGCUCCAGCUCGGCGGCGGCGCGGACCGGGUGAACCUGGGGCUGAUCCCCAGCUCGGAGGAGGGCUGGCCCGCGGCCUGCCGGCUGCUGAGGCAGGACAGGGGCGGCGUCCUGCACGUCCACCAGAACGUGUCCUCGCGCCCGCCGAGAGGCGCCGGGGCGGCGGCCCCGCGUGACGGGGGCGGAGAGAGCGGGCAGCCCCCCGGGACGGGAAGCUCCCUGCGGCGGGAGUGGCGGGAAUGGGCGGAGGACGCUUCCCGCCGGAUUGCUGGCCUGCUGCUGGACGCUCACGGACAGCCCUGGAGAACCCGCGUCCUGCACGUCGAGCACGUCAAGUCUUACGCCCCUCAUGUUGAUCACUUGGUGCUGGACCUGGAGUGUAGGCCCGUCUGAGGCUGGGAACGGACCUGGACUGGGACUGGGAGUGAACCUGGGACUGGGACUGGACUGGGGCUGGGGCUGGGAGUGAA